AUGGAUAAUAUAGAAGGAAUGUUAAGAUUAUUGAUGAACAAUCCACAUAAUUUAACAAUUUUUAAAUAUCCAAAUGAUAAUACGCGAGGAAUCAAUGUCGAGUCAAUUACACCAAUAACACAAAAACUUCAGAAAACGGCAGCUUCUAUCAUUCGUGGUUUUAGUGCUGAUUCGAUAUUACAAACAAAUCAGCAAUUUAUGCGGCAUUCAGUGCAGGGCUUAAAAAUUCCACGAAAUAUCGAACCACAGACAACUUCAUCAUCCACCGUUGCACCUCACGUAUUUAUCAUUGGCCCAGUAAGAGUUCAAACAAUACAAAAAAUUGAUGGACGAUCAAUGAAUAAAUUAUUCAUUGAUGAAAUACUGGAGUUGUACGGUACAGGGGUAAAAUAUCCGAGCAAGGAAUUGAUUAGUAUAAGGCCUAAAAUCCUGAAGUCUCUUCCUACAGCUACGAAAAAUGUUCCAAUAACAGUACAAUCGGUUCGGGUUGGCCAAGAUUAUGUACGAAUUGAUCGAAAAAUCGAAAUAGAUCGAUCGAAAAUCAAAUUGCAACCUUCUCUGAAUGCUAAAGAAGUGGUAAAAUUUGGUGGUGGUGGAUUAGUCCAAGAAAAUCAAGAGGUAAAACCAAGUCGAAAGUCAAAAUCGGAAGCUACCAUUCUUAGAACACCUGUAUUCAGUUUGAUCGGGCCAUUAGUAAUUACAGCAUUCCAAAACACACUGCAUGAUAUUAGUGGCAGUUAUAAAAUUUAUGAAGAAAUUGAACUCCGUGCCGAUGGAAGUACUUCAAAACCUGAAAUUACGAUUAUACCGUUUCUUCGAAAGGUAUCAGUGUUACCGAAGAGUGAAAAAGAACAAAUACCAAUCAAAUAUCAGGAAGACAUCCUUGUUGGCUAUAAUGUGAUGCUUAUCAAACGUUUAGUUGAAAUCAAACCUUCCUUCAGAAGACAGCUACAAGACUUUUCAUUAAACGAGGAAAGAAAUUAUGUCACUGAUAAAACCAUUCGUACUGCAAGCAGUGUUACUAAAUCCGCAGCUCCAAGUAUCGCCCACAAGCGAAAAAUGUUGGUCCUACAAGAUCCACCGAUAAGGACAGACUUUACAGUAUUGAGUAGCAAUUCAGCCGAAUCGACAUUCCUUCAUACAGCAGAACCAACAUUUCUUCCACCAGCGAAAUCGGUUUAUAAAAGAGAUGAAAAUAGCAAAACAGAAAGAAGCUUAAGAACAGCUCUAAGCUCUUCUGAGAUAAUUAAUACUGGUCGUGGCAUAGUAAAAACAUUUGACAAUUUCCAGGUUAUUCGACGUUCGUCAUCGGCUAAUGAGUAUGAUUUAAGCUCUAAAUGGUCUCGAAUAUCCGAAUAUCCGGUAACGUUACCCACGGCAACAUUAAUUUCAUCAGACGAAUAA